GCCAUUUUGACGUUGUGUUGUGUCGAAUUGGAGACUGGACGCUUCUCGUUCUUUUGCGGGAAACUUUUUUUUUCUCUGAUUUGCUUGGAAGGCGGUGAGCCACGCCUACCACAGCACUUAUCGGCGCCCAGUGUUUACCUCUGCAACCCUUCUUACGAACAGGAAUGGGCUGCGAAAAUGGGGAAGAAUAAAAAGGCGAAGACCCUGACACAGGAAGAGAUCUGGGACGACUCUGCUCUACUUCAGUCCUGGGAUGAAGCUGUGGAGGAAUACCAGCUUUAUCACAGCAUUCACGCCAAAGGUGAAAAUGUUGAAGAUGUCUUGAGAGAAGCAGAGGAGUCUGGGCUUAUUGUCGAGGGUGAAAUUAUUGAGGCUGAAGUCGAAGUCGAUGCCGCCGAGAAUGAUGCUAUUACCGGGAAUGAGGAUACAUCAAUGAACAUCGAUGAACCUGCCCAGGCUUCUCAACCUGUGAAUGGCCCUGGCCCUGAAGUCUCUACCACCGCUCCACCGAUGCCCCAUCCCGCUAUGGCUAAUGUUCAGGACGAGGCGUUGAAGAACCUCAUGAUGUCUUGGUAUUAUGCUGGAUACUACACAGGAGUCUACGAAGGCCAACAGCAGGCAGCCCGAGAGAAGCGCUCAUGA